CAACGACGGAAAAGUCCGGCAUGAUCACGUUAUUCUCGGCAGGCCAAGUCCCAAGAGUCGUUAUCGGUUAUGAUAUGUCUUCCAUCUAGUUUAUCAGCACGGAGUUAGGUAAAAAUGUACGGAUCCGUAAAAUCGAUUCGACGGGAAACCAUUAGAACUGCCGAACCCCAAGCAAGAUGCCGGGAAAUCACCGAGUAGCCGUUGGCACAGGCCACUUGACAUCACCAAGACGCGAUUACACGGAUUUGCCGAUGCUUUGCACCACUCCGCAUCGCCUUCGCAACCCCACUUCACUGUUGACUUCGGCUUUUUCUUGGGAGGUGGGGUUACUAAAGGGAGGGGUCGACAGCUCACGAAGCCCCAACUUUUGUUUGUUUCCGCUUGGAAUGAACACAUCUGGAAAAGGCAACAACUUUUAUUUUCGGAGACAACUGAAAUCGCCAAUUUUCCAAACUUCAUUUACUGUCUGGUCCGUCGUGAACUAAUACGUGAGACAAGAUGGCGUCAACUGUUGGAAAGACCAUCACUUGCAAGGCAGCUGUCGCCUGGGAAGCUGGCAAGGAGCUCAGCCUCGAAGACAUCGAGGUCGCUCCCCCAAAGGCCCACGAGGUCCGAAUUGAGAUCUACUACACUGGUGUCUGCCACACAGAUGCCUACACACUCUCCGGCAAGGAUCCCGAGGGAGCCUUCCCCAUCGUCCUAGGACACGAGGGCGCCGGUAUCGUCGAGUCGGUUGGUGAGGGUGUCACCAAUGUGAAGCCUGGCGACCAUGUUGUCGCUCUCUACACGCCAGAAUGCAAGGAGUGCAAGUUCUGCAAAUCUGGCAAGACCAACCUCUGCGGCAAGAUCCGGGCUACCCAGGGCAAGGGCCUGAUGCCCGACGGCACGUCGCGGUUCAAGUGCAAGGGCAAGGACCUCCUGCACUUCAUGGGCACUUCGACCUUCAGCCAGUACACCGUGGUGGCCGACAUCAGCGUGGUGGCCGUGCAGCAGGAUGCGCCCAUGGACCGCACCUGCCUGCUGGGCUGCGGCAUCACCACCGGCUACGGCGCCGCCCGCGUGACCGCCAAGGUUGAGAAGGGCAGCAACGUCGCCAUCUUCGGCGCGGGCUGCGUCGGCCUGAGCGUCGUCCAGGGCGCCGUCGAGCAGGGUGCCGCCAAAAUCAUCGUCGUCGACGUGAACCCCGACAAGGAGGCCUGGUCCACCAAGUUCGGCGCCACCGACUUCGUCAACCCCACCAAGCUGCCCCAGGGCCAGUCCGUCGUCGACAAGCUCGUCGAGAUGACCGACGGCGGCUGCGACUACACCUUCGACUGCACCGGUAACGUCGGCGUCAUGCGCGCCGCCCUCGAGGCCUGCCACAAGGGCUGGGGCGAGAGCAUCAUCAUUGGCGUCGCCGCCGCCGGACAGGAGAUCGCGACGAGACCGUUCCAGCUGGUGACGGGCCGUGUCUGGAAGGGCUGUGCCUUCGGCGGCAUCAAGGGCCGCACCCAGCUCCCCGGCCUUGUCCAGGACUACCUCGACGGCAAGCUCAAGGUCGACGAGUUCAUCACCCACCGCAAGACAUUGGGCGAGAUCAACAACGCCUUCGAGGUCAUGAAGCAGGGCGACUGCAUCCGGGCCGUGGUCAACAUGAGGGAUACCAAGAGCUAAAUAUGGGGGGCUCUACUGAUCAAGCUGAAAAAAGUGUAAUUUUUACCUAAAAAUAGAGUUGUAUGGGCCAAAAAUAAGUCUUGAGUGAGCGGAGCGUGUUGUUUUGCAGUCUGCCGGCGUAGUGAGAAGAGAGACAUGGCGUGUAGGCGUGGGGGGUGAAUUGCAAAAAAAGAACCUAUGGUGGAACAUCUUUUGAGUCUUGUCUCAAACCUCUCUCAUCAAUUGCUUUGCAAAGCUGAGUAGGGUUGCCUCAGCCCCUGACCAACCUAAGGUAGCCAAGCCAAACCAAGGAUGCGAGGAUGGUGCCAGCUGACGCUACUGCAACCAAUUCUCUCUGGGGAAAGCGCAAAGACCAAGUUAUCUCUUAUCUGACGGAAUCUUGACGGAAUCUUCAUCGCCUCAUGACCCCGUGUGCCAGCGCUACCUAGCCACCCACCCACCUAC